AUGGAUGUAAAUAAUUAUGUAGACUCAAUAAAUAUUAAAAAGCUGAGAAAUGAGUUUGUACAAAGUAUACUAAAAGAUGAGGAAUAUAAAAAAAAAGACGAUAAAAAAAAAGAUAUAGUAAAAACAUGUAAAAGUUAUAAAGAAUUUUGUGAUAUAGUAAGUGUAAUAAAUAUGAAACCAAUUAAAAAAUAUGAAGAAAAAGUUACAUAUGAAGAUUAUCUAAAUAUGAAUAUUUCUACAAAUAAUUUAGAUAACUUAAAAAAAAAAAAAAAUCGUCUUAAAUUUUUUUCUAUGAACUAUUUGGAAAAUAAUCAAAAAGCAGAUCAAAAUUAUCCCCUUUUAAAUGAUAACCAAUCAAUAAUACGAAAAAAAAUAAAACAAUUCUUAAACAUUUUGGACAAGAAUAAAAACAACUACUACAAAUUUAUAAAAUUUAACUAUAACUGCGACGAAAUAAAAGACGUAAUAAAUUUUAUAAAAAAUAAUUGGAAUAUUUUCUUUGAGAUUGACCAAGUGGAUGUUCAUAAUAAUAUAAUAAAUAAUGAACAGAUAAAUAAAAAGAACAAUUUUACAUUCUCAAAUUUAAUACACUUUUUUUUUAAUUUACUUAAAUAUUGGAAUGAAGAAAAAUUAUUUCUUUAUUUUACCCAUGAAGAACUAAAAGAUAUUAAUUCAAAUAUCAACAUUAUUUUCCAAAAUGUGAAAAAUACAAAAUUACCUUCCAAUGAAGAUCAUAUAAUAAAUGACAUUGAAUGUUAUAUAAAAAGUAUAAAUUUAUGA